AUGUCUCUUAAUUUCAAAAAGAAGAACGGCAAAGAACGACAGAAUUCGAGUCCUUCAGGCUCUACGACAUUCGAAGACGACGAAUAUGCCAAAGUCAUUGAGGGCAUCAAGCGCAUUUACAAGCAAAAGAUCAAACCCGUGGAGGUUACCUACAAUUUUGAAGGCUUCCACUCUGCCCCUUUGACUGAUUCUGAUAUUGAAGCAAAGCCUAUCGUUCUCCUUAUCGGUCAAUAUUCCACUGGCAAAACGACAUUUAUUCGAUACUUGCUGGACAAGGCCUAUCCAGGUGAGCAUAUUGGCGUUGAACCCACCACAGAUAGAUUCGUAUCUGUCAUGCACGGUACAGAGGAACGAGUCAUUCCUGGCAAUGCUGCCGCUGUGAACCAAGAACUACCUUUCCGAGGCUUGAAUCGAUUUGGACAGGCCUUCUUAUCGAGAUUCCAAGUCUCUCAAACGACCUCACCCGUGCUGGAAAACAUGACCAUCAUUGACACACCUGGUAUCUUGGCAGGCGACAAACAACUGACAGAACGUGGCUAUGAUUUCACUCAGGUCAUUGAAUGGUUUGCCGAACGUGCUGAUUUGAUCUUGCUCAUGUUUGAUUCUCACAAAUUGGACAUCUCCAACGAGUUUAAAUUGGCGAUCCACAGUCUUCGAGGACAAGAGGAAAAGGUACGAGUGGUGUUGAAUAAGAGCGAUAUGGUCAGCCAGCAGCAGCUCAUGCGUGUGUAUGGUGCCAUGAUGUGGUCUUUGGGCAAAGUCGUGCAAACACCUGAAGUGAUGCGUGUCUAUUUGAGCUCCUUCUGGACCGAGAAACCACCCAACUGCUUCGAGGAUUGUCGAGAGUUGAUUGAGGCUGAAUCCAAGGACUUGCUGAGAGAUUUGAAGGAACUGAGACGCAAUGCUGCUAUCCGUAAAAUCAACGAAAUUGUAAAGCGUGCUCGUUUGGCUCGUGUGCAUGCUUUGAUUAUCAGUCAUUUAAAGAAGGAGAUGCCAGCCAUGUUUGGCAAAAAGAAGAAGCAGGAGGCCUUGCUUAACAAUUUGGCUGCUGAAUUUGUCAAGAUACAACAGCGCAAUCAUUUGCCUGCUGGCGAUUUUCCUAACCCUGAAAGAUUCAAGCAAAAUUUGGCUCACUACGAUAUGGACAAGUUUAAAUCACUCAAGGACGAGCUGAUUGAACGUGUGGAUGAGGCCCUGUCGAAUGAUUUGCCUCGCCUCAUGUCUCAAUUCCCUACCAUGAAUCCUGAGCUCGAGCAAAAUGAAAGAAACCCCUUCCAAGCAGAUAGUAUACCAGGCCCAGGCGAGUUUCCUCCCUCUUACUGGCACUUUGAUUCCAUUGACAAGCACACUUACCUGCCUCGGUUCCAAUCGCUGGGUCCUCGUGAUGGCAAAGUGUCUGGUGGUGAUGUGAAGCCCAUCCUGAUGGAAAGUGGGCUCCCCAAUGAUCAAUUGGCGCAAAUUUGGCGGCUGGCCGAUUUCGACAAUGAUGGCUAUAUGGAUAUAGAUGAAUUCUGCAUUGCCAUGCAUUUAAUUAAAGCAGUACAUGGUGGAGCACAGUUACCAGAGAAACUACCAGCAACCUUGAUGCCAAACAGAAAGUUCUAA